AUGGCUAUCUACAUCGGCAUUAUCCCUACGUUCACACCGGACAGUGACUUCACGAUUUUCGAAGAAAGGUUCGAACAGUUCUGCCUCGUGAACAAAAUCGUGGACGAAAAAUGCAAAGUUGCCCUGUUGCUAAGUCAGAUGGAAACGGAUGUAUACAAGAUACUUCGCGAUUUGUCAUUUCCAAUUCCACCCAAGGACAAGUCUUUAGAAGAGCUGAAAAAGGAGCUCCAAAAGCAUUUCAGUCCAAAAGUAAACGUGUUUAGGGAACGAAUUCAGUUCUUCCGAGCCCACCAAACCACCGAAGAAACUUCUAAUGAGUGGUAUGCAAGAUUAAAAAAUCUCGCUGUCAACUGUAAGUUUGAGCAUCUCCAAGAGACACUGGUUGAUCGGUUCGUGUCGGGAAUGCGAGAGGGACCCGUUAUGGACCGACUAGUGGAAGAACCAGUCAGUCAAAGUCUCGAGAAGUUAAUCGAAAUUGCCAACAGCAAGGAGUUGGCGUUAGCAUACACCACUGGUAAAGGAAGCGAGGACAGAAUUCAGGCAGUAUACAGUGGUCACCGUAAACUAGGCAACUUCCGGGGAAGAAACCAACACAAACCCAGAAAACCAGAUGCAAAUGAAGAGUAUAAAGAAAGUUAUGACAUGGGAAGAGUGAAGAACCAAAGCAGAACCACCGUGAAAUGUAAGUGCUGUGGCAAAACACAUGCUGGAACGUGCAAGUUCCAGAAUUAUACCUGCAAUGCAUGUGGCAAAAAGGGACACUUACAGAGUGUCUGCAGGGCAAGGCAGAUCAACGCAGUGGAGACCCUACAAAGUGAACAAGGAAGCGGAAGCGAGCAGGAAUAAACGCGGUGGACUCAAUGGAUGUGAAGGCAACAUUACAGGCAGAAUUCCCAGAGGUUUGCAGUGAGA